CGCGCGCAGUGUCGCGUCGCGCGCCCAAAGUUGGCUAGUAGCCGCCUGGGUCGCCCCUCGACGAAAGCUGGGCCUCGCGCCCCGACCCUGUCCGACGCUACUCCGCGAGGGCGACGGCACGUCCCCUGUAUCGGGAUACACACCCUCUACGAGCGUCGACGUCGCGCCCGGGUACUUGGACACCCAGGCGAGAGGCGACAAAAGCGGGCGUGCCCACUCAUGCUCGCGUCCGCCCGCGGCGUGCGCCGGCACACACGUCUCUGGGGGCGUGCUGCACCGUGCACCGUCGCGUGUGCACGCGUCUAGGGAGCUUGAACUCGCGAGGGGAAGUGUGCCCGAGCCCGGACGCGAAGAUUCUCAGGCGCAGAGGCGCCGUGCACAGGAUGGACGUCGCGGACGUGCUAGCGCGUCCGCGACGCUCGUACCGCCGGAACCAAGAGACCGGCAUCGACGGGCGCGGCCAUCCACACCGCGAAGUGGAUCUGCAAGGCCUCUGCGGCUCCAUCGUCCCGCGGGUGCAGGUCUGGAAGACGACGACGCCCACCUCCUCGUCCGCCACGAAGGGCGGCGCCUGCAGCGGCUGACGCCGCCUGAGAACCAUGUGCGCGGCACGGCGGUACCGGGAAGAGAUCUUCGCGCGGUGUACGUACCUGUCUCCGCCCGCGCGCCCGCGAAGCACAAGCUGCGACGGGCCAGCUCGUCGUCGUGCCGCCCGCCGCGCCUCGUCAAUCAUGUACAUACGUGGUAUCUAAGCGAAUCUCCACACCC